AUGGUUGAAAGAUCUCCUCGACGUCGUCGAGCUUCCUCAAGCUCCUCGUCUUCGUCUUCUUCUUCAGGAAGCAGUUCUUCUUCCAGCAGUUCUUCUCGUUCGUCCUCCUCAUCAAGGUCUCCAAGCCCCAGAAGAAACAAGCCUUCCGCCACAGACAGAAACCGCAGAAAGUCCAGAAGCCGGAGUCCUCGACGUGUUGGAGGGCCAGCGCGUGGAGAUCGAACAGUCGCUUCUAGAAGAUCUGUAUCUCCAAGAAGAUCUCCACGUAGAAGUCCCAAACGCGAACCCAGACGUUCUAAAACUCCACCACCCAGCAAGUAAGGCUUUCUUAUAUUUUUUUUGUUUAGAGUUAUCCCUAGCUAAUUUAUGUGGGAAUAUGAUCUACGUCGAUUGGCGCGUUCAUUCGUAGAUAACCAAUAAUUUUUUCAGGAUUAUCGUGAAGAGUCUGUCCACAAAUGUGAACAAGGAGCACUUAAAUGAAAUCUUUGGAACCUAUGGACCUUUGAAGAAGGUAGAUCUUCCCCCAGACCCAGUAUUUUCUCAUUUAUCUCGUGGUCAAGCUUACAUCGAGUUCGAGAAAGCAGAAGAUGCCGAAAAGGCAGUGAAACACAUGGAUGGAGGUCAAAUAGAUGGUCUGGUUGUCAAAUGCGACCUGAUGCCGGCCACAAGGGAUCGACCUCGUGGUGGAGGGGAUCGUCCUGGUGGCUACGACCGCCGUCGGUCUCCUCCGCGCCGUCGAAGUCCAUUCCGAGCGGGCGGUGGUGGUGGUGGAAAUCCCAACAGAAUGCCCUUGGGGCGAAGAAGCCGUUCGCGUUAA